AUGUCGUCUCCCCCACCUCAGCAGAAGAAGAGCCAUAGUCAUGCCCUUGAUUAUGCAGCUGAAGCUGUUGGAUUAGCUGCCAAGGUUGCACCUAGUAUCCCUGUGGCUGGUGACGCGAUUGGGAUAGCACUUGAAGGAGUACAAGGUCUUCUGAAUCUUGUCUCGACAGCAAAUAGCAACAAGGAAGAGCUUCCAGCACUCAUCCAGAAGCUUAAAUCUUUAUGUGCCAUGCAUAUGGAGACAGCCCAGGUAGAACCCAUUACACAGUCAUAUAAGGUUUUCCAGGAGUUUCAAAGUGAAUUGCAGCCCUUUAUUGUUCGGUGUGACAAGCUCCGCGAGAAAUCCCAGAAGAAGAGAUAUUUGUGGCUAAGUCCAAUUUUUGCAAAAGAUCUUAAACAUGUCAAGAUCAAACUCCAUGAGUUGGCAGAAGAAUACAUGAUAAAAAACAGCAGUAUCUUGAGUGCAACUCAAGAAAGGAUGGAAGCAGAUGUAAAGAUGAAAUAUGCUAUGAAUAUGCUGGCCAACAAGUACAAGGUGUCUGCCAGAUACAAUGCUGACAAUACUCCAGAUGUAUGUCUUGAAGGCACACGGGUGGAAAUUAUAGCCCAAAUCAUUGAUCACCUUACAUCUCUCACUCACACACAUCAAUUUUUGCUGCUCAGUGGUUCUGCUGGCUCUGGGAAGUCAACUAUUGCUAAGACUGUAGCUGAGAAACUUGCCAAAUGCUCAGCUCUUGCAGCCUCAUUUUUCUUUUCAUCUCGCUUUACUGGACGUAGUGACAGCUCCAGCGUGCCUAUUGCACUUGCCUAUCAGCUAGCUCAGUAUAAUCCACAGUUCCAACAGCUGCUGUCAAAUUUUCUGGAGGAGAACAAGUUUCAGGUUCUAGAUGAAAAUACUGCCAACCAAUUUGACAAGCUUGUGGUUCAACUGCUAUGCAAGAUGGACUUUCCUGCUGGCUCUCCAUUGUGGAUAAUCUGCCUGGAUGCUUUGGAUGAAUGUGGGGAAAAUCAUGGUGAAACUGUAGUUUCAUGGCUUUCUGCUGCUAGGAACAAGAUUCCUUCCCAAGUCCGGUUCUUCUUAACUGGACGGCCAGAAGUUCCUGCGACUAUCAUGACAGGACCACUCCGGGUAGCUGCCUUUGAGAUGAAACUAGAUGAUCAAGAUCCAACAACUGUGGAAGCAGACAUUCAGAAGUAUCUUGACUUUAAACUGCCAAUCAAUUCACCAAAGUGGCAUAACAAGGAAAAGGCUGCUUCAGCUCUCUUAUAUAUUAAACAACAGUCAGCAGGAUUAUUUAUCUAUGCAGCAACAUCUGUCCUGUAUAUUGACCAUAAGGGGUCCCAGAAAUGGGAUAAGGAAGCGGAGUAUCUCCGAGGGCUUAAAAGGGGCCAUAAAGAGAUCAAUGCCCUUUACCAUGGGAUUGUGUCAGCUGUGGCUAAGCCACCCUACAGAGCAGAUGAACGAGAGGCAGUUGCCUAUGCAAGACAACUUCAUAUUCUGUAUGUUGUACUUAAUUUGGUGGAGCCACUAGAUCUUGAAAGUCUCUCCACAUUGCUGGAAGAGACAAAGGAGGAUGUUCACAGCACCUUGAUGGAGCUCAGUGCAGUAAUCCAUGUUCCAGAUCUCAGGGAUCAUAUGGGACUGAAGAACACCAGAAUGGAGAUUUAUGCUGUAGUUCAGAAGGAGCCCAGACAUAUGUCUUUGGACAAGUACUUCAAAUAUUGA